AUGUCUGGAAUUUUUCCUAAAGAAGCAAUAAAGAAUACUGCUGAAACAAUUGGAAUAUCAAAUCUAAAAGACAAUGUAGCAAAUGCAUUGGCACAUGAUGUAGAAUAUAGGAUCUAUGAAAUAAUACAGGCAAGCAAAUUUAUGCGUCAUUCCAAACGAACAAAAUUAACCGGAGAUGAUAUAAAUCAUGCAUUAAGGAUAAGAAAUGUCGAUCCAUUAUAUGGUUUUGGUUUAAGUGACAAUUCUAAAUUUCAACGAGUCACAAAUAAUCAAGUUGAUUUAUAUUAUAUGGAAGAUGAAGAAAAUGAUUUUGAAAGUGUUUUGUAUUCAAAUAUGCCUAAAGUACCUGUACAAGUUACAUUUACUUGUAUGUGUAUGCGUGAUGUUGCUCAUUGGCUUGCAGUUGAAGGAAUUCAACCAACCAUACCGCACAAUCCACCACCAAUUGAAGAUCGUAAAUCAGAACUACUACAAAAUACUACUAGUACUAAUAAUAACAACAUAAAACAAAAUGAAAUUAAACCUUUAGUACAACAUGUCUUAUCUAAAGAAUUAGAAACUUUUUAUAAUAAAGUUACCAAUACAUUGAUUAAUAGUCAAGAUCCUACCACUGUUACUGCCUCGACUAAUAGAUUGAAACAAUCUAUUUUAAAUGAUCUAGAGAGUGAUACUGGUUUAUCACAACUUGUUCCUUAUUUUGUAAAAUUUAUUUGUGAAAAAGUUGCAGAAGGCGUAAAAAGAAACAUUAGGCUUUUAGAACCUAUUUUACAAAUGUCUGAAUCAUUAAUAAACAACAACAGCCUUUAUUUAGAACCUUAUUUACAUCAAUUGAUGCCUGCAAUAUUAACGUGUAUUCUAAGAAACAACUUGGGAGUACAUGAUAAUUCAUCUUCUGAGUUACAAUGGCAAAUACGUGAAUUAGCUGCACGUAUAAUCGCCAAAAUUUGUGAUAGAUAUGGUGGUACUUAUAUAACCAUUGGCGCCAUGGGGCGUGAAGCUAUUAGAAAUAUUUUAGUGCCUAAUUUAAAAAAAUACGAAACUGUUCUUAAUAAAUAUUCCAAUGAUUCUGUUUUGGGGGGUGUUGUUACUCGUAAUUACAAUGCUAUAUUGGAUAUAUUAUCAAAAUUAAAAGAAUCUGUUGAUCCAAUAAAGUUACAACAAAUUCAAAAUACAUCAACUAGUGAUGUUUUACAUGAACAAUUGGUAAAUAAAGUCGGACAAUAUUUUGCUAAUGGUGUUAUAAACCAAAUCGCCGACGAACAAGUUAUCAUUGCAAUUAUUAAUUCAUAA